AUGAUGAACGGAGGGUCUCCCGGUAUGGGUCAACACAAACACGCAGAAUGCACAACCGAGCCGGCGGUCAUCGCAGUUCACUUGGCGGCUAAAAGGGACGAGCCGCAGCCCGCCAGAACCGAGACCCGAAGAGAGAAGUUUCAAAGGACGACAUUCUCUGACCAAUCAGUGGCUAGCAGUCUGUUAACGUCGCAUUUUAGUAUUGGCUCAGCUCGCUUGGAACCUAGCCAGAGCAACUACAUCCUCAACUUCCUGCGCACGUCAGAGCUGACACUGCCUUGAGACUUCAAGGAUACCGAGCUGCUCAGGAAGGAGGAUGACUUCUAUCAGAUUGAGCCCCUGAUCCAGUCCCUAUGAGACCCCAAACCCCAUCUGCCCUAUCCCACCUAUACCUGCGAGGAGGUGGUGAAGUACUCCAAGCCUGUCGCAGUGAUCAUCACCCGGCUCACCAUCACCACCAAGUCACAUGACUCGUUCUGUCUUGUCUUUAGGUCUGUGUUGCAGUCCAUCUCCAUAAGUUUCAUAGAGUGGAACAAACACAUGAUGGACACCAGAGACAACCAGGUGUCCUUCACCUUCGGACUAUGUCACCACCAACAGGAAGUCAGCCUGCGUCACCUGCUUAACUUUAUCUCCAAAGCUGGUUUCAGGAUACUUCACACACGUGUUCACCACAUGAGCGAACGAGCCAAUGAGAACACAGUCGAACACCACUGGACGUUCUGCUGA